GAGAGAGAGAGAGAACACAGGAGGAUAGAGAGAGAGAGAGAGAGAGAGACAGACAGAGACACAGACAGACAGACAGACAGAGACACAGACAGACAGACAGACAGAGACACAGACAGACAGACAGCUGCGAUGGAGAAAGCUCUGCAUUAUUAUUUGUGUAUCAUUGUCACUCUUGUGUCCGUUUGUCCUGUGUCUCUCUUUAACCUGGACACUGACAACCCGUCGGUAUUUUCUGGACCCCAGGGCAGUUAUUUUGGCUUCUCUGUGGAUUUCUUCAGUCCAGCUGAUAAACUGCAGAACAUCCUUGUGGGUGCUCCUAAAGCCAACACCUCGUCUUCCUCCUCGGUGACAGAGCGAGGAGCCGUGUACAGCUGUCCAUGGCAGUCAGGCAGGACGUGUACGCAGAUAGAGUUCGACAACACCGAUAACCGUGUGGAGAACGGUCAGCAGAUGGAGUUUAAGUCCAGUCAGUGGUUUGGAGCUACAGUUCGCUCAGAUGGAGAACACAUCCUGGCUUGUGCACCUCUGUACCAGUGGAGUACAUACGGCUUUAAGGAACGUGAACCUGUCGGGACGUGUUAUCUGAAGAAAGGCUCAACGGUAGUGGAAUAUUCUCCCUGUCGCUCUGGUUCAGCUACACCUGAAGGACAGGGCUUUUGCCAGGCCGGCUUCAGCGCUGAUAUAGUGAAGAGUAAGCGUGUGGUGGUUGGAGGACCGGGGAGUUUUUACUGGCAGGGUCAGCUGAUCUCAGAUGAUAUCUCAGAGGUUCUCAGCAGAAUCACUAAAGAGUUAACCAUCAAAUACAGCAACCAGAUGUCCACCAGAUCCGCCAGUGCCCAGUAUGAUGACAGUUACCUGGGUUACUCUGUGGCAGUGGGAGAUUUUAAUGGCGACGGUGUGGACGAUUACGUCACCGGCGUUCCGAGAGGAGAGAAAGCGCUGGGCUACGUGAACAUCUUCAACGGGAAGAACAUGGCUUCUGCAGUGAACUUCACUGGACUCCAGAUGGCAGCGUAUUUUGGAAACGCAGUCACUGCAACAGACCUCAACAACGACGGGAGGAUGGACCUGUUGGUUGGAGCUCCUCUGUUUAUGGAGCGUGGCUCUGAUGGGAAGCUACGUGAAGUGGGGCAGGUGUAUGUUUAUCUGUCCAAUGGUGGCUUCUCCUUCCAGUCUCCUCUCAAACUGACCGGCUCUGAGAUUUACUCUCGCUUCGGCAGCUCCAUCACCAGUCUGGGAGACUUGGACGGGGAUGGCUUCAGUGAUGUGGCGGUGUCUGCUCCGUAUGGUGGUUCCUCUCGGCAGGGUGUGGUGUAUGUCUAUAACGGCCAAGCAGCUGGACUGGACUCUCAGCCCUCUCAGGUCCUGGAGGGAAAGUGGGCGUCGACCUCACUGCCUCCCAGCUUCGGAUAUGCCAUGCAUGGGGCCAUGGACAUCGACCAGAAUGGCUACCCAGAUCUGGUGGUGGGUGUGUUUGGAGCUGACAAAGCUGUUCUUUACAGGGCUCGGCCGGUGAUCAGUGUGAAUUCCACCCUGGAUAUAACUCCACAGAUCCUGAGUCUGGAGGACAGAAGCUGCACUCUCCCUGGAACCAACACCAUGGUGUCCUGUUUCAUGGUGAAAUAUUGUCUGAAGGCCAGCGGAAAAGGAGCACCAUCCAAUCUAAAGUUCCAGGUGGACCUCACUCUGGACCGUCUGAAGCAGAAGGGAGCCAUUAAGCGUGUGUUGUUUCUACACAACCGUCUGUCUCAGUACACCAAGUUCAUGAGUGUCACUAAUGGGGGGUCAUCAUCAUGUGAGGAGCUGCAGGCUUACCUCAUAGAUGAGUCAGAGUUCAGGGAUAAAAUCACUCCCAUUUCCAUCUUCAUGGAGUUCAGCCUAGAUUACACGAGUGCAGCAGAUAAAACGGGUCUGCAGCCCAUCCUGGACCAGUCCAACCCAGCUAACGUCACCAAACAGGCUCACAUACUGUUGGACUGUGGUGAUGAUAAUAUCUGUAAACCAGAUCUGAGACUAGCUGUUGUCAGUGAUCAGACACAGAUUUACAUUGGAGAUGAUAAUCCUCUGACUCUGGAGGUGACGGCAGAGAACCGUGGUGAGGGAGCGUACGAGGCUGAGCUCAGCAUCAUCAUCCCACCGCAGGCUGACUUCAUAGGUGUGGUGAGAAACAGUAAGACAUUGUCUCGGCUCUCCUGUGCAUAUAAGAGGGAAAAUCAGACCAGAGUGGUGUGCGAUCUGGGAAACCCCAUGAAAGGAGGAACUAAGAUCGUGGCUGGUUUGCGCUUCAGUGUUCAUCAGUUGUCAGAGCAAGACACAUCAGUGAAGUUUGACCUACAGAUUCUGAGCUCUAAUCAGUAUAACAGCAGCAGUAACCUGGUUACCGUGGUAACAAAGUUAGCUGUGCUAGCUAAAGUGGAGAUCCGUGGUGCCUCUGCCCCAGAGCAAGUGUUUCUACCUAUUGCUAACUGGCAGCCCAAAGAGAAUCCUGUAGUGGAGGAUGACAUCGGCCCACUAGUCCAGCACAUCUAUGAGUUGAGGAAUAAAGGUCCGAGUGCGUUCUCGAAGGCCAUGCUGGAUGUCGAGUGGCCGUAUCACUACAACAACGGCUCUCUGCUCUAUAUCACCAAGUAUGAGGUGGAUGGAGCCAUGAACUGCAGCACUGAUGUGGAGAUCAACCCCCUCAAUGUCACGAACCCUAUGUACUGGAAUAAGAACACAAGCGUUCUCGGGGGAGGCGACCGGCCUGAGGGGCGUGUAAGGAGCCACGUUCACAGGAGAGACCUGCAGGACCAGAGGACCGAGGAAGACAUGCUCACACUGGACUGUGAGAAAGCUCAGUGCCUGAAGAUAAAGUGUCAGGUUGGUCGUUUGGAGCGAGGUCAGAGUGCAAUCCUCUUCAUCUACUCCAGACUGGCUGUGGCCACCUUCCUGCAGGCUGAUGUUCAGAACCACUCGUACGUGGUGAAGUCCUCAGCAUCCUUCAGCGUGAUUGAGAUGCCGUAUAAGAACCUGGAGUUUGAGCUCCCAGUGAACAGCACAUCAGCGAGUCUCAGUGUGGUGUGGGUGAACUCUGAGCUGACCCAGCCUGCCCCCAUUUGGGUGGUGGUGGUAGCUGUGUUAGCAGGACUGCUGCUGCUCGCACUGCUAAUCUUCAUUAUGUACAAGCUGGGCUUCUUUAAGAGAGUGCGCCCCCCACAGGAGGAUGGGACAGAGAAGGAGCAGCUCCAGCCUCAGGAGAAUGGAGACAAGUGCACUGAGACCUGAUACCCAUGCUCUCUCUGUGUGUGUGUGUGUGUGUGUGUGUGUGUGUGUGUGUGUGUGUGUGUGUGUGUGUGUUUACUGGCUUGUUUCCUUCCUCUACUGCACUGACUCAUGCUGAUUUGAACAUGAACACUUGGUGAUUUUAUGAGCGAUGGGUGGAGUGGGUGGAGUGGAGCUCGAUGUGAGUGAUUAUAAAUAAUCCUGAUUAAAAUGGAGUAGAGAAGUAAAGAUAAAUACAGAAUAUUAACAUUUCACGCUAAACUUCAGAUGAUAACGACUUGUUUCUUUUGUAAGAUUUUGUCUUCUUUACACUAAGUGACAGCAUGUUACUGAUAAUCACUAGCAUUAGUACAAUACUGCGUUAAAGCACAGGAUCCAGAGUUCAGCCUAAAGGUCCGGUUCCUGAUGGAGCUCAGCGUGAGUGUCAGAUGUUCUCGUGAUGAUUCCAGCAAAACGUUUCCUCUAACUAACCCGAUCAGAUCGAGUCUUUUAUUCCGACCAAUCCUGUUUACUGACCCUAACGUACACCAAGCGUCGAACAACAGACGGCGAUAGGCACAGAAGUCCGGUGUUUCUCCGGCGGUUGUCAUGGUAACCGUUUGCUAGUAACAUGAACAAACUUGGUGAACAAAAAGCGUUUUGUGAAACUUGACUUCAAAAGAAGAAAGACGACAGAUUUAAGUGCAAUACGUUAAAACCCCCGUGAGGAAGAGUUCAAAUGUGACUUUGUCCCUAAACGUGUCCCCUCCGUAGGGACGCUACUCCACAGUGGGGUUUAAACCCGUACGGAUUUUUAUUUUCUGUGCCAUUUAAACGUCCGUUUCCUGCAAAUGAAACAGAUCUGUACGUCGUCCUGCGAUGUUUAUUAGACAAACAGAACUAAAUGCCCGGCCCAGUUGCCCCAGUGCAUUAUGGGUAUCCUGAACCCUGCGGUGUUGAUCGUCUCCCGUUUCCUCUCUGCACCGUGUCUGUAUUUGACUCCUAUAUAACUGAUCAUUUUAUGAGUCAGAGUUAAAUAUAUUUUACUACACACAAAAAAAGUUUUUUAUUCUAAUGAAUUCUAUUGUUAAAUUUAAUGCUAAUUCUAAACCGUUGUUCUAUCGUUAUAAAGAAUCGACUAGCUGACGAUGACGUCACUCUUCUUCGUCCUUUUCUCCUGUUUGAGAUCAGAAUCGUUUCAGCUCUUUACUCCCUUGGCCUGAUGAAUUUACCCAUAUUGGGUCACAUUUACACUCCGAACAGUUCAGUCUCCUCCUCCUGGUCGACUCUGUGUGUAAACCCCAGAACGUAAUGUCAGUGUGACUCCACUCCUUCAUGUCCUUCACACCUCACUGAGGAUCUCUGUGAUUAUGUAACGCUUCCUUACAUCUAAAAUGAAAUAAACAACGGAUUAAAUUUGGA